AUUGGUGGUAUGCUCUUAUGUUUAAAAAAUUUUAAAUUUAAUUCAAUCAAACUGCUGUAAGCUAAGUUAUGAAAAACAUCUCAAAAUUUUGAAUGUUGGCUUGUACUCGAAAUGGUGCUGUUAGGCACAAAACGCUCAUUUGAACUGGUUCGCAAGCACAGGCACAUGCCAAUGUUUACAAUUUGAAACGCAAUGUGCGGCAUUUUCUGUGCAAUCAGCGAAAAUAGCGAUGUCAGUUGUCAUUUGCAUAGCGCUUUAGAGCAGCUACUGCACAAUCGUGGACCGGACGUCAAGGAUAGGCUCAUCAUUGACAAUGUACUGCUGGCCGGCAACGUUCUGUGGCAACAAGGCGCCGCGCCACAGAAGCAGCCUCUAGCUGAACACGAUUUGGUGCUGCUCUUCAAUGGCGAUUUGUAUAAUUUGGAUGAGAAGAAGCUGGAGAGCGUGGCAGACAGCGCUUGGCUGCUGGGGGAGCUAAACAAACUGAGCAGCAAUAACGACGAGCAGCUGGUGGCGUUGCUGCGGCAGCUCGAAGGACCCUACUGCCUGAUACUGUACAACAGACGUGAACAGAUUUUAUACUUUUGUCGCGACGCCUUAGGCAGAAAUUCAUUAAUCAUUGAACGCCACCCGAAGUGCCUUAAGCUGAUGAGCACAUCGUGCCACGUGGAGCCGCACGUGGCCACCGCUGCCAUGGAGCUGCCACCGUUGGGCCUCUACAAGCUGCGCUUGUCGCAGCUCAAUGAGUGUUGUCUAUACCCCUGGCAGCAGCUGAACGAGCAGACACAGCAACAGCUCUCUGCCUUGGAGUCAGCCAUGCAGUGGAGCACGCGACUGGAACAGUCCAUUGCGCCGUCUUGGCUGCUGGACAAGCCGCGGCAGACGAGCAGCUAUGAUCUGUAUGAGUUAGCAGCGGACCAAUUGCCAUCGGAGUUGCUCUACGAACGACUGCUGCAGAACGAAGCCUUGCAGCAGGCGUUGAGCAAAUUGGAUGAGCUGCUGCAACGAUCGGUGGCAGCGCGUGUGCUGCAUACGGCGCCUGUUUGUCGGCUGUGCAUUGCCACAGGUGGCAGCUGCACGCAUGCCAAGAUCUCCGUACUUUUCUCGGGCGGCAUAGACUGCAGCAUUCUCGCCUUACUUGCUGACAAAUACGUGCCCCACUCGGAGCCCAUUGAGCUCAUCAAUGUGGCGUUCGAGCGAGUGGCAGGCGGUCCGGAUCAGAGUUGGGAUGUGCCGGAUCGCCAAACAUCGCUGCAAUCGCUCGUCGAGCUGCAGCGUCUGUGCCCGCAGCGCAACUGGCAGCUGCUGCAGGUGAACGUCAGCCGACAGCAGCUGCAGCAACAGCUCGCUGCGCACAUUCGCCAGCUCAUCUUUCCGCUGCGAACUGUGCUCGACGAGUCGCUGGGCUGUGCCUUUUGGUUUGCCGCUGCUGCAGCCAGCUCAACGGCUCGCGUUGCACUGUUGGGCAGUGGCGCCGACGAGCUGUUUGGCGGCUAUACGCGGCAUCGCAAUGCUUGGCGCAGAGCUGCGCCCAGCGCUGACUCGCGCGAGCUGGCGCUGCGCCAGGAACUGGAAAUGGAUUGGCAGCGCAUACCCGCACGUAAUCUGGCGCGUGACGAUCGCAUCAUUGCCGACUGCGGCAAGACGGCGCGGGCUCCCUUCAUUGAGGAACAUUUAUCGCAGUUUGUACGCUCGCUGGCGCCGCAGCAGCGCUGCUGCUACGCCCUGCCCGAGGGCGUCGGCGAUAAGCUGCUGUUGCGCCUCUACGGCCACAGCUUGGGACUGCGCGAUGCGACGCUGCUCAAGAAGCGCGCCAUCCAGUUUGGUUCGCGCAUCGCCGACAAGAAGCAGCAGGCGGCGCAGCUCUCGGACUAUCUGCGAUUCGAGUCCUUGCAGCUCUAGUGACUACAGUGAACUCUCUAUAUAGUAAAAAUUGUAUAAUAGAUUGGAUGUGAAUCUAGUUCUAGCUGAAGCAGUGUAAAUUGUAUAACAGAUUAUGUAUAAUUUAGGUGAUUGCUGAACUAGAGAUGUUGUAUAACAGUGAGCGAAC